AUGGCUGGCAGACAGCAGCAGCAAAGAGAGAUGUCCACAGAAAGCAUCCUCACAGCCGAGACCCCUGAUUUGGAUUUUCAGCCUCUAGAACAGAUUAGUGACAAGGAUCCCAAUUUGGAAGAGUUCCCUGAUGCGAUGCCUUUAUUUAAAGAUGAAAAUAAAGAGCAAGAAAAAAAUAAGGAUAAAGUGCCUGCUAAUGAGAAAAGUGGCCAUUAUAAAGAUACAAAAGAAUCUCAAGCCAACACCGAAACAUCUACUACAAAAGCCACUGAAAACCCCAUUGGAGAAAUCACCACUGAAGAAGACACUAUUAAAGAACCCCUUGAAGUUCAUGACUAUCAAAUCCAAAGUUCUGAUGAGAACUAUCUGACCAAAGAAACAUUGGGAGAGCUAGAGGAUAUCAAGUUAAAAUUAAUGCUGGGUAUCUCAUUGAUGAGCCUCAUCCUUUUCCUCGCCAUCUUGACACUCUGUUUUGCUACGUUGUACAAACUGAGAACGCUUUCUAAACAUGAGUGUGAGAGCCAAUACUCCGUCAACCCGGAGCUGGCAGAGAUGUCUUACUUCCAUCCAACAGAAGGUGUAUCAGACACAUCUUUCUCUAAGAGCGCAGAGAGCAGCACAUUUUGGGGCAAUAAUAGUUCAGAGCUUAGAAAAUCAGGCACAAAAAAAUCAAAAUCUGAAAGUGUGACCAAUAUGCUUUCCGAUGAUGCAGAUGCAUACGAAGAUGCGGCUGAGGAAGCGGGAGAGGCUACUCCCACUAACUAA